AUGGGCGACAGCCCAGGGCCGGAGCGUCGGAACGGCGAGUGCGAGCCGCCGGGUGCGGCCGACAUGCCACCCACGCCAUCCGCCUCCGCGCCCUCUUCCGCUACCGCUACCGCUCAUGAACCUACCAGCGAACGGACUCAACAACCAAUACAACUAACGCAACCUCAGAAAACUCGAUCAAUAAUCGUAUCCCUAACGCCUGUCCGGGAACGAGAGACAUGGGCGAAGAAGGUAGAGUUCCUGCUCGCAGUCGUAGGGUUUGCCGUAGACCUGGGCAACGUUUGGCGAUUCCCUUACAUUUGCUAUCAGAACGGCGGCGGUGCCUUCUUGAUCCCGUACUGUUUAAUGCUGGUGUUUGGAGGGCUUCCUCUCUUCUACAUGGAGCUAGCGCUGGGACAAUAUCACAGAUGCGGCUGUCUCACGCUUUGGAAAAGAAUCUGUCCCGCACUCAAAGGCGUAGGUUACGCUAUCUGCAUGAUAGACAUCUACAUGGGCAUGUACUACAACACGAUAAUCGGCUGGGCGGUGUACUACUUGAUAGCUUCCCUGGCGUCCGUGAGCUCCGUGUUGCCGUGGACCAGCUGCGACAACGAAUGGAACACCCCCCUCUGCACGCCGAUAACCUCGCCACAGAUCUUCUUAAACGCUUCUACGCCAGCCAAGGAGUUCUUUGAACGGAGCGUGUUGGAACAACAUAAAUCAAACGGUCUGGAUGACAUGGGACCAAUCAAGCCAUCGCUUGCUCUGUGCGUCUUCGGCGUGUUCGUGCUAGUCUACUUCUCAUUGUGGAAGGGUGUGAGAAGUGCUGGGAAGGUUGUGUGGGUUACGGCUUUGGCACCAUACGUGGUCUUGUUAAUCCUACUUGCGAGAGGAGUUACGCUACCAGGAGCUACUGAAGGGAUACGUUACUAUCUUACUCCUGAAUGGCAUAAGUUGCAGAACUCUAAGGUGUGGAUCGACGCCGCGUCUCAAAUCUUCUUCUCUCUGGGUCCCGGGUUCGGCACGCUGCUGGCGCUCUCCAGCUACAACAAAUUCAACAAUAACUGUUACCGCGACGCCCUCAUCACUUCCUCCAUCAACUGCCUCACCAGUUUCCUCGCCGGCUUUGUUAUCUUCUCUGUCCUAGGGUAUAUGGCGCACGUGCAAAACAAGAGUAUUGAGGACGUGGGUCUAGAAGGCCCGGGCCUGGUGUUCAUCGUAUACCCAGAAGCGAUCGCCACUAUGACCGGCUCCGUGUUCUGGGCUAUCAUAUUCUUUUUGAUGCUGAUCACGCUCGGCUUGGACAGCACUUUUGGAGGCUUGGAAGCGGUGACGACGGCGCUCUGUGACGAAUACCCGCGUGUGUUGGGCCGCCAUCGUGAAAUAUUUGUAGCAGUGUUGCUGCUCUUUAUAUACAUCUGCGCUCUGCCCACCACCACAUACGGAGGCGUGUAUCUGGUGGACUUGCUGAACGUGUACGGGCCGGGGCUGGCGAUCUUGUUCCUGGUGUUCGCGGAGGCGGCGGGCGUGUGUUGGCUGUACGGCGUUGACCGCUUCUCCGAGGACGUGAAGAGCAUGCUGGGACACACGCCCGGCUUGUUUUGGCGCGUUUGUUGGACUUACAUCAGUCCGGUGUUCCUGCUGGUUCUGUUCGUGUUCUCGGUGUUGUCACACGAGGAGAUGCUGGGCGGCGAGUACACAUACCCACGCUGGUCCAUCGCCGUCGGCUGGCUCAUGACCGGCACCACCGUUUCCUGCGUGCCGAUCUACUUCAUCUACAAGCUGCUCAUUACACCUGGAACCUGCUACAAUCGCUUGAAAACGAUUAAGCGUCCAGUGGAGAGGUCGGUGCCGGGCGGGGACGUGUCUGCGCUGUGA